GCGCCGCGCAGGCCUCAGUGCUGGCGGAAGUGACGUCGGCAGUAGCGCUCUGGUAGUUUCUGGCAGUGAAGUGCGUCACUCGGAGGGUCGGGAAGCGGCUGUUGGCGGAGGGUUCCCCGGAGGGGGAAGAAGCGGAGGGCCCGGGAUGGAUUUCUAUAAAGUGAUGAAGGUGGCUGCGGCCCAGAGCAGCGGAGAUGGCAGCACGGACGCAGGUUGUCCCUCAGAAGUGGCCGUCACCUCAGUCCAGAAGCGGUACAGCUUGGCUGUGGGCCCCCCGAAGAAAGACCCAAAGGUGAAAGGGGUGCAGUCUGCAGCAGUGCGGGCUUUUCUGAGGCGGAAGGAAGAGGAGAUAAUCCAGAAAGAACUGGAAGAACUGAGAAAGAAAGAGGAUCUUUUGGCUAAACGGAAAGAAAUGAAACAUGACAAAAAAGCCAGGGCCAUGGCAUCAAGGACAAAAGACAACUUUCAUGGGUAUAACGGCAUUCCAAUAGAAGAGAAACCCAAAAAAAGCAAAAAGGACCUUGAGAUGGACAGCGAUCUCAAUGUACGGGGUGAAAACGAGGAGUACCUAACAGAGGAAGAAAUGUACGAAUAUUCUCAAAGUGAGUCGGAGCAAGAAGAGAUUGAGGAGCCAGCGCCACCACCAGCAAAAAAACUGAAACCCAACAACAUUAAGAAACCUCCGCCACCAGCCUUGAACUUUGCCGAAUUGUUGAAACUUGCUGAGAAAAAACAGUUUGAGCCGGUGGAGCUGAAACCUGUGAAAAAAAAUGAGGAAAGGCUAAGGACGGCGGAAGAAAUACGAGAAAUUGAGUUUUUGCAGCGGAAGAAUCAAAAAGCCGAGAAGCCCAUUGACAAACACUCAAAAAGCAACGGACAGGUGCUGAAAGUUCAUAAAAGCUCUUCAGAUAAACAUUCCUCUUCUAAAGAACGUCAUUCCGAGGACAAAAAAAUCAAAAGCUCAUCUCUUUCCAAAAGUGUUCCCCCUGAGAGAGUCAAAAGUGUGUCUAAUGAAGCGUUUAAAAGGCAUUCGGAUGGGAGCCACAGAUCGGAAAAACAGAUCUCCUCCUCCAGUUCUCACAGUAAAAGCUCUAAAGUUUCUUCCAAUGGAAAUGCCAAAUCAUCUUCUGGCAGGGAUCAUGCUGAUAGGCAGACUUCAUCCUCUUCAUCCUCCUCUAAACGAGAUGUAAGCAUCAAUGGAAAACAUCAGGGUAGCGUUCGACCAGGUGGGUCAAACGUAAGUUCUGGGAAACCAACAGGGAAUUCUAGUUCUAGCUCUGUAAGGCCUUCUAGUGCACCCAAGCCUUCUGGAAGUACUGUUUCUAGCACUGCCAGGCCGUCUGGGUCUUCUGGCUCCACCAGGCCGUCUGGGUCUUCUGGCUCCACCAGGCCGUCUGGGUCUUCUGGCUCCACCAGGCCGUCUGGGUCUUCUGGCUCCACCAGGCCGUCUGGGUCUUCUGGCUCCACCGGGUCGUCUGGCUCCACCAGGCCGUCUGGGUCGUCUGGCUCCACCAGGCCGUCUGGGUCGUCUGGCUCCACCAGGCCGUCUGGGUCGUCUGGCUCCAUCAGGCCGUCUGGGUCGUCUGGCUCCAUCAGGCCGUCUGGGUCGUCUGGCUCCACCGGGUCUUCUGGCUCCACCAGGCCGUCUGGGUCUUCUGGCUCCACCAGGCCCACUGGAGGUUCAAUUUCUUCAUCAACCCAGCCACCGAAAAGUUCUAGCUCCUCCAAGCCUCACAGCAGCUCCGGUUCUGUUCGUCCUUCCAGUAGCUCAGGUUCUGUUCGUCCUUCCAGUAGCUCAGGUUCAAGUUCAGUCAAGCCCACCAGCAGUUCUGGGUCCGUUAAACAUCCUCUUGGCAGCUCUGGUGGAUCACGCCCUAGCAGCGGAGGGCAUUCAAGCAGCAGUUCGGGACCUGCUCGUCCUUCCAGUGUUUCUGGAUCUAGUAGACCAGCCAGUGGACCUCCCUCAUCGAGCGCUAAACCUAAAGGUGUUCCUUCAGGAAAAGAACUGGCGCGCCCCAAGGGUGGCCUACCUUUGAGUUCUCGACCUCCUGCUAUUUCUGGCCCUGGAAGGCCAAUAAAUAAUUCGGCAGCAGGACCCCGGUCAAUGCCUAAAUGCACUGUGGUGGCUGAAACCAUUUCAUCCAAAAAUUUUGUUCCUAAUACUGGCAAUGGACCCCAAAAUGGAAUGAGACCUGGAUCCCAAAAUGGCAUGAGACCUGGAUCCCAAAAUGGCAUGAGACCUGGAUCCCAAAAUGGCAUGAGACCUGGAUCCCAAAAUGGCAUGAGGCCUGGAUCCCAAAAUGGAAUGAGGCCUGGAUCCCAAAAUGGAAUGAGACCUGGACCGCCACCUGGGCAGAGACCUAUGGCACGCCCACCACCAGGACGGGGACUGCCACCAAUAACCAGUUCCUACAAGAGAAGAAUCGAGGAUGAUGAUGACGAGGAGUACGACUCAGAAAUGGAAGACUUUAUAGAUGAUGGAGGAGAAUGCCAGGACGAGAUUUCUAAGCACAUUCGGGAAAUAUUCGGCUAUGACAGGUCAAAAUACAGAGAUGAGAGUGACUAUGCGCUGAAAUACAUGGAGUCGUCUUUCCGGGAACAGCAGAAAGAGGAAGCCAGGAGCCUGCGGUUAGGAAUCCAGGAAGAUCUUGAGGAUAUAAAACGAGAAGAGGAGGAAUUAAAGAGAAAAGAAAAACUUGCAAAAAAGAUGAAAAAGCGAUAGCAUCCGCUACAACAGUCUCUGAACUUUACCGGGCCUCCUGAAGGGUAACACCCACCCUGCGCUGCCACCAGGGGGAGACUGGAAACCCACACAUGACAUUUUCAGAAAGUUUUUUUGUUUUGAAAAAAGAAAAAACAAAAAAGGAGAAUCCUUUAUAAAUGUGAGUGGUGACAAAUGAAAUUCUGGCGGGUUUUCAGGUGUCGGAGUUUUUCAAGUUUUUUUGCUACAAUGUGACACGUGAAAACUUGGAUGUGUCGCCUCCCUGGAAAUAGUCUGAUCUCCUUUUAUAUUUUCUUUUUAUAAAUUAUAUAUGAAUUUGUGUUCUGAGAACAGAUUGGUUAAUAAAUUAUUUAUCCCAGGAAUGGAAGUAUGAUGAACUAGCCCUCCCCCGUCCAAUUUUCUGUAUAGAUAUCAGUAUAUUAUAUAGUGCUAUCGGUCUCCAGAGUUUCAUGGAUUAUUGUGUAUCUGUGCAGUAAAUGUAGAAUAUUUUUAUUA